AUGCUUCCUGCCCUCAAUAAUCUCGUGAAUUUGUCCAUCGAAUCGUGCCACCUGGACAGUGAUGAGUUUAAUAAUAUCUUCGCUCGCGCUGCUCGAGGGGAGAUCCUUACGUCCCUGAAGACCUGCAGGCUGUGCUUCGUGAGUGGCAAUGGCCAAAGGUACCCGCUUCAUAACGUCGACGCUGUCUUCCUACAUCCAAACUUGGAAGCACUCACCAUCUACAACGCCCGCGAUGGAUGCAGAGACCACGUCCGCUGCCGAAAACGAUCGACAAGACUUCGGAAGCUAGAGCUGUUGAACUCGGAUUUCUCGGUUGGAGAGCUGGCGGAUCUGUUGGCCAUCCCGCAGGAACUAAAGUCCUUGGUCAUUCAUUCCAAAUCACAGCAGCCGCCAUUUGAAUGCUGCCCAACUGACUGCAGCGAGUAUGCCGUUGCUUUACAGCUCGCGGGUGAGAGCCUGGAAACGCUUGUCAUCGAGAGGGACUUCGGUACUUACGACCAUCCGCUGAAGUUGGGCAACAUGACUACUCUCCGCCACGGCAUCGACGAUAGUUACCUUUGGCUUGGUCCUCUUCUGCCGCAUCCCGAUUGGAUCGACGAACACGUUCUGCGCGAAAUUAUCCCUCCUACAUUGGAGCUGGUGGGCGGAUAUCUCUGGGCAUACGUACCGGAUAGGGCCAUCGACGAAUCAGUCCUUACCAAAGCUCUCACCGCGAUGCGCAAAGUAGCUCCGGCGGUACGAUUGGAACUUUACAGCCCUUACGGUGUUUCGGAACGGUUCAAGAGGGCUUGCAUAGCUUCGGGUUUCCCAAUCACCUACACGUACGAGGAAUACGACGAGAACGAAUACGAGUACAAUGCCGUCGGUUUUCUUCGCAGGGCUCAUUUCCUCGCCCUACCGGUCGGUUUCAUCGAUUAA